ACAGUAUUUAACCUCCCUAGCGGUAUUCCCGAGUGUAGCUCGGGGGAAAAUUUCAGUAGCAAAAGCGGUAACCCCGAGCUACACUUGGGAAUACCCUGCAGCGUUUCUCCAGGAUCCCUCUUGCACUUACCUUGUCCUUCGCUCUCGCGAUGUCCCCCAGCAGCGUCUCCAGCCAUCUCCUCUGGCCGAUGCCGGCAUCUGUCUUCCGGGUUCCUGUACCUGCGAGCGUCGGAACAUACGGGACGUGCGGGGCACAGAACCGGCGGGAAAUUAAAAACAUUUACAAGUGACAUUCACUAAAUACACUACAAUCACAUAGUAAAACAUUACUGUAUCAAACCAUUUCACAUACAU